AGGAGGAAGAACAGCUGGGUGAGGUCUGUUAUUGUAGCGGAGGGAAUAAUGGAGAAAGUCCGUAAAGUUGUGACCGAAAAGCCACGGGCUUUAUAGGGUUAGUUAGCUUUUAAAACUCUCUUUUACUCCGGACUAAGAUAGCUUUAUCGCGUAGCUUCCUUUCAUUACAUACCUCCCGUGCCGCGGUGCUUUUCCCAUUAGCUGCCUUUGGAAUGCUAGCUGCUAGCGCUACAUGCCAGAGCACCUGUCUCCAGCCUCUUUGUCUCACUGCUGUCGGUGGCUUCGAGUCCUCUUGUCUGUCACUUCUCUGAACUUGUUAACGGUAAGCGUCACAAGUCUCCAGUCGACUUGCGCUGCCAGAGCAGGACAAAGAACAAUGGACCGAUAACCGUCUCCGUCCAGAAAUGUCCGAUACAAACUGAUAUUUCUGAACCAAGAUACUCCCGGCAGUAAGAUAUGGCGUCCUCCAAAGCAAAAGUCGGAGUCAACAGUGAGGCUAACUCCUUGAAAGAGAGUAAAAGCCCAACUGGAGAGGCGUCUCUUAAUCACCGGGUAUAUUGUCUAGAUGAUCUGGAGACCGUCGCCACAGUCGGCACUGGAACAUUUGGUCGAGUCUUCCUGGUCAAGGACAAGAAGACCAGGGCCUUCUACGCCCUGAAGCAGAUGAAGAUCCCAGACGUUAUCCGACUGAAGCAGGAGCAGCACGUCCACAACGAGAAGGAGGUGCUGACAGAGGUUAACCACCCCUUCCUCAUCCGACUGUUCUGGACCCACCACGACGAGCGCUUCCUCUACAUGCUGAUGGACUAUGUUCCAGGUGGGGAGCUGUUCAGCUACUUGCGAAGCCGCGGGCGCUUCAGCAACGCCACGGGCCUCUUCUACACUUCUGAGAUUGUGUGCGCCAUCGAGUACCUCCACUCCAAAGAGAUUGUCUACCGCGACCUGAAGCCCGAGAACAUCCUGCUGGACAGCGAAGGACACAUCCGCCUGACCGACUUCGGCUUCGCUAAGAAGCUCUCCGACAGGACCUGGACUCUGUGUGGUACUCCUGAGUACCUGGCCCCCGAAGUCAUCCAAAGCAAAGGUCACGGCCGGGCAGUGGACUGGUGGGCUCUGGGCAUCCUCAUCUUUGAAAUGCUGGCUGGGUACCCACCUUUCUUUGAUGACAACCCAUUUGGAAUCUACCAGAAGAUCCUCGCUGGAAAACUGGAAUUCCCACGGCAUCUGGAUUUAUAUGUCAAAGACCUCAUCAAGAAGUUUCUGGUCAUCGACCGAGCCAGACGUCUAGGCAACAUGAAGAACGGGGCAGAUGACGUGAAGAAGCACCGCUGGUUCAAGACAGUGGACUGGGAAGCAGUUCCACAGAGGAAACUGAAGCCUCCAAUUGUUCCUAAAGUUUCCCACGAGGGCGACACCUCCAACUUUGACGUUUACCCGGAGGACGACUGGAAGAAGGACCCUCCUGUGCCUCAGAAGGACUUGGAGAUCUUCAAGAACUUCUGAUCAGUCAGCAAGGUUUAUUUAUUGAUGGAAUAUCCUGACAAUUGACCCAGCAUAUUGUGAACUUGCUGUUUACAGGUACUGUCACAGAGAAAACACUCACACAAGACGGACUCCAAACGAUCGAUGCUGUGACAUUUAUCACACCACAGAGAUAAUUUGCUUUUUAUAUAUGUUUAUUUAUCUGACUUUUUUUUUGCUGUUUUAAAUUUUUAUCAUAUUGUUUUCUCUGAGCCUGCUCAUAUGCAAAAAAAGUGGUUCCUUUGAAACCAAAAGACUGUUACUUUCUAGUUUUUGUUUUUUUUAAAGAGAAUAAUCAGGUCUUUUUUUAUAUUAUCAUGUCUUAUAUUUUGUCUGAUUUCCAAAUGUCACAUUUAAUGUGACUUCGGACUGGUGCUGUGACUGUCAGCUGGCCAGUGGUCACUAAUUUUAGACUUAUCACACUGUUUUUAAUCAUGAGUCCGACACUUUAUUUGAAAAUGUGUAGUAGCACUUGUAAAAAAGGUGCCUUACGUCAACACUUUGAUGGGCACGAUGUCUUGCAAAGACACAACGUUGACUUGAAACCAGUCCUGACGCAAGCUGAACCACGGGGACAGGCUUGCUGAAUGUGCUGUCUCGUCUCCUGCUGUAAAGUUGUUCUCUCUCAGCUUUGUUAUUUCCCGUCGCAGCUGGACAGCGGCUUCAUUUGCAGCCGGGACUUUGUUGUUACUGUACAGUCACAGCUGAUCCGCAAGAACGCUCAUCAUCAUCAUCAUCAUCAUUGUCAAGCCACGUGAGGUAAAAGGUGCCGGUAUGUGACUGGGUCAGUAUUACAUCCGCGUUUUCCUCUUAUCACGUAGCCACACGCUUCAUAUUUCUGGACAAUAUUGGCCUUUUAAAAUAAAUUCAUUGAAAUAAUCUUAUUGAUCAUUGAUCAGUCACUGUAGCUACAUGUAUGUAUUAUUAACUGAGGGGAAUACUUUAAGUGAAACACACUUUUUGGGGUCAUGGUUAAGGAUGAGGAAGUGUGUGUGUGGCCUUUGUGCACACUAUGUCACACACUUGACUUCAGAAUUCAGAAUUCUGUCUUUUUUCCCUCAGAAUUCUGACUUUACACUCAGAAUUUUUUUCCACAUGUGGCCCUAAUCCUCUUCCCUAAACUUGGUUGCAAAAUCUGGUGCCUACAUAACCCACAAUGCAGCAGUUGAGUGGGAGUCACUGGGAGCAGACUGAGGUGGACAAUCUGUGCAGUUCUGAGUUAAUAUAGAUGUCAAAUGAAAUAAGGAAUCCUGGCAACUUAAGUCCAAAAAAUAAUGAAUAUAUUACAUGUCAUGUGAUUCAGUAUCAGACACUAUCUAUUCACAUCUAUAUCAGUGCAUCAAUGUAUAGUCCCAUUCAUAUCCAGCUCUGUCUCCUGUUUGUGUGUAGCUUUUUUAAUAUAUAUGAAAUAUAAAAAAAAAUUUCAUCACCGUUCAUCACAAUGUCUGUAACACCAAACUCCAUUCUGUAUUUAAAGCUUUUUCUGCUGCGUAGAAGUAGAAGCAGUUUUUUUACAGUGCAUGUGUCUAUAACCUGCAGCCCAAGCCCAUUCUGUCUUAUCCAGCAAUACUGUAUGUUUUAUUAAUGUCAGCCUUUGCCUUGAAAAUGUUCUGUUGGUGCAUCGUUUUAAUACACAGUAAUAUCCCUUUAUACCUUUAACUGAAGGCUAAAGAGUCUUUGGAGGUGUUUGAAAACCUGGAGCUGUCAAAAAACAAAAAAAAAAUG